GCGGGGCUGCGUCACGUGUCCUAAAAAAUCCCUUCCCUUCGCGACUCCCUUGCGGAUCCCGAUCCCAGCUGCUUCCUUUUGUCUCGGCCACCGAGCGAGAGGGAGAAGAAUGGCCUUGCCUUUAGCCACGAUUACUCCUAUUCUAAGUCUUCGACGACUCCAAGCUCCUCGAAGCAACUGUGUCGCAGCCGCUGCAACACGGCUGUCGGGCGCUCGCGAAGCUGCUCUCUUCGGUCUUAAGUUCGCUUGCUGCCGUGCGACCGCCGUAUGGGAUCGACGUCCGAAGCCGGCGCGAGCCCUAAUGGUGGAGGAGGGAAGAACGGCGGCAACGGCGAGGAUCGUUACGGUGGUUGGGGACGGAAGCGUUAGCCCGUUGAAGAACACUCCCUGGGAGCAGGUCAUGCGUCAUACUUCAACUCGUCUAAAGUGGGUGGAUGAAGGAAUUGAAAUGGUUGUAUUUAGUGAUAAGGCAACUCAGUUUAGUGAUACUCGGCAUGAAAAUCUUGUGACGGAACUGCUAUGUUCUGAUAUGUUGGUUCAUGUCGCAAUAAAUGAUCAGGAAUCCAUUGAAUGGCUUCACAAAAAUAGUGAUAGUGUUCCAAAUAUUAUAUGCUUUGAAUCAUCACCAGAUCUAAGAAACAAACUUGGAGGAUCAUUCAUUCACAAAAGAGGAGAAGAAAACAUGUUCAACAGACUGGUCAACAUUGCAAAAAAAGGAAAUAGAAGUGAAUCAACAGAAGUGCUUAAGACUGUAUCGGGUGCUUGGGAGAGGUAUAAUGCUGAUGAUAUUAGGUUUUGUUUGCUUAUUAUCAUCAAUUCUUACAUAAGACCUGUUUCUGUACUGAAAAAUUUAAGGGCUAAAGGACUAUCCACUCUUAAUUGUAUGAUUAAAAAUUGCGGAUCUCAGAUGCUAAACUGUUUAUUUGAUCCCAACUGUAGAAAAGCUCUUCAGUGUUUGAACUCCUGUUCUCCAACAGAUCAGGUUUGUAACUACCGCUGCAUUGCCUCUUAUGAGAGCCCAUACCUGGAGGCAUUUUCUUUGUGUGUGUUGCAAAAGAACAAUUGUCUUGAGUUAGAUGCAGAGAUCCCAAGCAAGCCAAUUGUAACUCCAUUGUAUAUGUUUAGAGGAGAGUUGUUGAGCCAUGAAGUUGCGGAAGACCUUUUUAUCGGUUGGUUGGAUAAUUUAGAAUGGAGCUGGCGAGUCAUAGCCGGCCAAAAUCCUGCAUAUGACCAAUUCCCUUGUCAGUAUCAAUUGUUUUACAGGGGAAAGGCUAAAGGGUCAUUUUGGUAUGAACCAGUGUUUCAGGUCCGAACUCAAGAAGAGACAUUGGUAUGGAGACGAAGAAAGUAUCGGGUUAGAAGAGCAAGUGUUCCUGGAACAUUUUAUUUCAGCGUAUUAGAUAAUGGGGUAGUUUCUAAAGAAUUUUGGACAAUAAUAGAUGUUUGUGACGAUCUCAGCUGGGGUUUAUUUCAGUAUAACGGGGCAGCUCAGGUGGCUGGACUGUCGUAUACUGGGGCUGUGCUUGUUAGUCCAGACGGAAAUUUUAAACCUGAAUUGGGAGGACAAAGGCUAGUAUCUGCCUUGGAGAAAUGCAGUAUCAUGGACUGGGAGCUAUAUAGAGUUGAUAACUGUUCAUGCAAUAAUCCACCAUUAGGAAUUCCUGAGGGUUCGCGUCUGCACUCAAAGAUUGAACUGAGGAAUCAGAGGUGGGUCUCUCAGCAGCUUGGAUAACAAAGCAUUUAAAGCAGUUAUAGCGAUAUCAAAGGUUGAACGGAGGAAUCAGAGAUGGGUUUCUCAGCAGUUUGGACAAAAAGGGUUUUAAAGUAGUUCAAGAGAUAACAAUGGAGUUAUUACCUCAAAGCGAGUUAACAGUUUCCUAUAUCAUGAGUCAUAAGGAGAUCAGUGGUUUUUGGAUCAUAAACUUUUAUCUUUGAAAGGAUCAAGUGAAACUUUUCUGUGUUCCUUGAGAUAUUUGCAGUUAUGAUGCAUUAUGAGUCUUCUCUCAAAGGAAGUAUAUAGGAGGCUCUUCCUGAAACCCUGUCAUUCAUCAUAUUCUUUCAGGUACUUGUCCAAACUCUUACAUUUUCAUUUUUACUCUUCCUAUAUUAAUACAUUGAAGCAUAUAAGUAAACCAUUGAUGUAAGUUACGUGAAAUGUCGAGUAACUGAACGUUGCUUUGUUAAUUUUUUUGCAUUCUGUUUCAGACUUGAAAAACUAGAUCGAGUUUAAAUCACGUUUAUCUGGCGUUUUGGUAAAAAUGGAUGCAUGACUAAUUUGUCAAAAAUCUAAAUUUAAAGCAAAAGGCUCAAUCGAAUGUUGUUACUACGCCUGCUGGUGCAAAUUGUAGAAUGGCAUCUGUGGUAAUAGACAUCCUUCAUCUUUGGAGUUUAAGACUCCAAGAACAGCUUCAUGUGAGCAUGGAAUCAUAUGCCAACCGCCAUGCUAAUGCUGAUAACUGGCUUUAUACGUAGAUCAUCAUGCUUAGAAUGCAGGCAUCUUCUGAGGCACUGUAGCGUGUUACUCGUACUCCUUCCAUGUAUACAGAGGAGAUUAGAGGGGCUAUGCUGGGCGAUUUAACCGGAACUCGAGGCUUCUAUAACGAGGAAGCAGAACCAGAGAUGGUGGUUUGUCAAAGAAUCUCAUCGAGCUUCGGGCUGCCUUUUUCUUUCUGCUUGCUAUGUAGAGAUUGACUACUUAACCAUUAUUAGUUCAUCUACUACUCUUUCGGUGCGAAAAAGUGACUUUGUAUCGCUACUUGAUGCAAUGAAUUUCGUCGAAGUGUCAUCUCACGUCA